CUCUGCUGUCUCCUACUCCUACUCGUCAAUUCAAAAUUUAAAAACAAACAAACAAAAAACGGAGAGUGCUCACGAGUUUAUUCGAAACCGAUUCACAGCUCGAAAUCGUCAUAGCCAUUGUUUCUGGAAUAUUUUUUCUUCUACAGAUUUGUUUUAUAGAGAUUUUACAUUCUUCUUGAAUUUUUCUUCCACAUUUCGUGGACUCACUUUGCUGGCCUUUCACUUGACUGAAAAUUAGAGGCUUAUUAUGGACUCUUCACAGCAUAGGAGAGGGGGACUUAUCCCCGUUUCUCCGUCUCAUACUCCACGAUCAAGUGACAGGGCUGCAAGAGAUUUGAGAUCAGGGGAUGGAAACGCAAAACAUGACAAGGGAGUGAAUGUCCAGGUUCUUCUCCGUUGCAGACCUUUGAGCGAAGAUGAGAUGAGGGUGAACACACCUGUGGUCAUUUCCUGCAACGAGCAUAGACGAGAAGUAUCUGCAAUUCAGAACAUAGCAAACAAGCAGAUUGAUAGAACCUUUGCAUUUGACAAGGUUUUUGGUCCAACAUCCCUACAGAAGGACUUGUAUGACCAAGCUGUCUCUCCUAUUGUAAUUGAAGUUCUUGAAGGUUAUAACUGCACAAUUUUUGCAUACGGUCAGACGGGUACAGGGAAAACGUACACAAUGGAAGGAGGGGGAAGGAAAUCGAAGAAUGGGGAUUUGCCAAGUGAUGCAGGUGUUAUACCUAGAGCAGUUGGACAAAUUUUUGAUAUACUUGAAGCUCAAAAUUCUGAGUACAGUGUGAAGGUUACGUUUCUAGAGCUGUACAAUGAAGAAAUAACAGAUCUUUUGGCACCUGAAGAAUGUACGAAGUUCAUUGAUGACAAGUCAAAGAAACCAAUAGCCCUUAUGGAAGAUGGAAAAGGUGGUGUUUUUGUGAGAGGCUUGGAGGAGGAGAUAGUCUGUACUGCAAAUGAAAUAUACAAAAUAUUGGAGAAAGGUUCUGCUAAAAGGCGUACCGCAGAAACUCUCCUCAACAAGCAAAGCAGUCGUUCUCACUCAAUAUUUUCUAUUACAAUUCACAUCAAGGAGUGUACACCCGAGGGGGAAGAAAUGAUCAAAUGUGGAAAACUUAAUCUUGUUGACCUUGCUGGUUCUGAGAACAUAUCACGUUCUGGUGCACGAGAGGGAAGGGCAAGGGAAGCAGGGGAGAUUAAUAAAAGCUUGCUUACACUUGGCCGUGUCAUUAAUGCACUUGUUGAACAUUCUGGCCAUGUCCCAUAUAGGGAUAGCAAAUUAACACGGUUGUUAAGGGAUUCCUUGGGAGGAAAGACAAAGACAUGCAUAAUUGCCACAAUAUCACCUUCUAUCCACUGUUUGGAAGAGACACUCAGCACUCUGGAUUAUGCACACCGUGCCAAAAACAUCAAGAAUAAACCAGAGAUUAAUCAGAAGAUGAUGAAAUCUGCACUGAUAAAGGACCUGUAUUCUGAGAUUGACCGCCUUAAGCAAGAGGUAUAUGCCGCCAGAGAGAAGAAUGGCAUCUAUAUACCACGGGACCGUUACCUGCAAGAUGAGGCUGAGAAGAAGGCCAUGGCUGAGAAAAUAGAACGCAUGGAAAUUGAUUCAGAUUCCAAGGACAAGCAACUCCUGGAGCUUCAAGGACUUUACAAUACCCAGCAACAGUUGACUGCAGAAUUAAGUGAAAAACUCGAAAGGACUCAGAAAAAGCUUCAAGACACUGAACAUGCACUAUUUGAUCUAGAGGAAAGAUAUAGACAAGCAAAUGCUACAAUUAAAGAACAGGAGUAUCUGAUUUCCAAUCUCCUCAGAUCUGAGAAAGCACUUGUUGAACGGGCAACUGAACUUCGGGCAGAGCUAGAGAAUGCAGCAUCGGACAUAUCUGGCCUGUUUGCCAAAAUUGAGAGGAAGGAUAAAAUAGAAAAUGGAAACAGAAUUCUUAUCCAGAAAUUCCAGUCUCAACUAACUCAGCAGCUUGAAGUCAUGCAUAAGACUGUUGCAACUUCUGUGACACAACAGGAGCAUCAACUGAAAGAAAUGGAGGAAGAUAUGCAGUCAUUUGUCUCCACAAAGACUGAGGCCACAGAAGAACUUCAAGGACGAGUGUCAAAUCUGAAAACCAUGUAUGGUUCUGGUAUAAAAGCAUUAGAUGAUUUAGCAGGGGAGCUUAAUGAGAAUUCUGAGUCUACAUUCAACCAUCUAAACUCAGAAGUUUCUAGGCAUUCAUCUGCCUUUAAGGAUCUUUUCAAGGGAAUUGCCUCAGAGGCUGAUGUGAUACUUAAUGAUCUUCAAAGCAACCUUUCCAGUCAAAAGAAGAAGCUAGCUGCAUAUGCACAAAAACAGCGUGAGGGACACUUUAGAACGGUGGAAGCCACAAGAUCUAUUUCUAAAAUUACAGUAAACUUCUUCAAGACACUAGAUAUGCAUGCGUCCAAAUUGACCCAGAUUGUUGAAGAAGCACAGACUGUAGACAACAAGAAACUGUGCGAACUAGAAAAGAAGUUCGAGGAGUGUGCUGCUAAUGAAGAAAGGCAACUUUUAGAAAAAGUGGCAGAGCUGCUAGCAAGUUCAAGUGCUAGGAAGAAAAAACUGGUUCAAACAGCAGUGGAUGGUCUUCGUGAGAGUGCAGCCAGCAGAACAAGUAAGGUACAAGAAGAAAUGUCAACAAUGAAAGAUUUCGCCACUUCCGUCAAAGAAGAAUGGACAAUUUACAUGGAGAAAACUGAAACCAACUAUCUUGAAGACACUGCUACCGUGGAGAGUGGGAAAAAUGACUUGUAUGAAGGUCUCCAACACUGCAUGACCAAAGCAAGAAUGGGUGCACAACAAUGGCAAAAUGCCCAAGAUACUCUGCUUUGUCUAGAAAGCAACAAUGUUGAAUCUGUUGAUUCCAUCGUCAAGAGAGGAGUGGAAGCCAAUCAGAUGCUGCGUGCUCAGUUGUCUUCUGCUGCCACAUCUGCUCUUGAGGACAUCAACCUUGCAAACAAGAACCUUCUUUCCUCUAUUGAACAUUCCUUGAAACUUGACCAUGAUGCAUGCGGGAACAUUGAUUCCAUGAUUAUUCCUUGCUGUGGAGAUCUGAGGGAACUGAAGAGCAAUCACUAUCACAAUAUUGUUGAGAUUACAGAAAAUGCAGGGAAGUAUCUUCUGGAGGAAUACAAGGUGGAAGAACCAACUUGUUCAACACCGAGGAAAAGGUCAUUUAAUUUACCGAGCAUGACAUCCAUCGAAGAAUUCAGGACUCCAUCUUUUGAGGAGUUGUUGAAGUCAUUUUGGGACACAAAAUCUGGUAAACAAGCAAAUGGAGAUGUCAAGCAUUUACCAGGGGUUUACGAGGCAGCUCAGGCAAGAGAUUCAAGACCACCUCUCACUACUAUAAAUUAA